UAGAUGAUGGCACUCGGACCAUUAGGUGAAGAAAAGAGGCUCUCUUCUCUCGCCGGUAAUUUCCUUUCGUUUCUGAUCUCGAUCGGUCUUUAAACCCUAAUUAAUUCAGAGCAUAAAAUUAAUGGAAGCGCCGGAGCUCUUCCACGCCGGAUUCUGCCUCGCCGGGAACCCGCAUUGCUCUCCGGAGAAGGCCAGCGGUGGGGGUGAGCAGUUCGUCGUCGAGGACCUGCUGGAUUUCUCCAAUGACGAGGCCGGGUGGAUAAUCGCCACUGCGGGGGAGGAAGGCGCCGGAUCCGAUGGCGCCGCUGGGAAUUCCACCGACUCAUCCACCGUCACGGCGGUGGACAGCUAUUGCAAUUCCUCCUUGUCCGUUCGUGAUCACAAGGACGCCCUCUGUCGGAACGCCGUCUACGCCAGCCUCUCAGGCGACUUCUUUGAGCCGCAGUACGACGCGAUGGCGGAGUUGACGAAGCUCGAAUACGAAUGGGCAUUGUCGUCCGAUGUUGUGGAGGAUUCUUUCUCCAGCGAAGAUCUGCACAAGCUUAAUCUCAUCAACGGCGUCAAUUCCACGGCCUCCUCCUCGUCCACCACCACCACCAUCGCCGCCGCGAACACCUUCCAGGACGGCCAAGUAUCCACCUUCCGGCCCGAGGUCCCUGGCAAGGCGCGUAGCAAGCGCUCUCGCGUCGCCCCCGGUAAUUGGUCCUCCCGCCUUCUUGUCCUGUCUCCCUCGGAAGAGAGUGCGGCUUCACCAGACUCGGAGCUGAUCGUGCCGUUCAGCACCGUCUCCCCCAAGAAGGUCACGAAGAAGAAAGAGACGUCAGAGGGGGCCGCAGCUUCGGACGGUCGCCGGUGCCUCCACUGCCAGACCGAUAAGACGCCGCAGUGGCGGACGGGACCAAUGGGCCCCAAAACACUAUGCAACGCCUGCGGCGUCCGCUUCAAGUCAGGCCGCCUCGUGCCGGAGUACCGCCCGGCAUCCAGCCCCACCUUCAUCGUCUCCCAGCACUCCAAUUCCCACCGCAAGGUCCUCGAACUCCGCCGUCAGAAGGAAUUCCAGCAGCAACUUACCUCCCCCGCCACCGCCCUCUACGACCCCCCACCGGCGGCUCUACCGAGCGGCUUCUUGAUACACGGCCCGGACAUCCACCUCAUCUAAUUACCGCAGGACCAAUUAACCACUCGGGAAUUUACUUUUCGUAGGCAUUAAUUUGUGGAGAUUUAGACUUCACGAUUUGCUCUAUGAUUUUUUUUUUAACAGCAUUCUAAUUUUUCUUUAAUAUCUUCUUUUUACAGACGUUCCAAUAUUAAUUUAGGCGAUUUUAAUUCGUAUAUGUUUUUUUUCAAAUAAUCAAUCUUGAGAAAUUGAAGAAAAGAGUAAAAGAAUUAGAAUGGGAGAAGCCCAUCGGGAUUCCGCAUAAUUUAGCUGGCGAGGAGCCCUGCACUCA